AUGAUAUGUGUAGCUCCGACUUCCGGAAAGAGAGGCGUCGGAGCAUGGUAUUAUCGUCAGGGCGGCGGUCGUCGUCGUGAAUCAGGCCGUGGUCAGUCCGGCCGUGGUUCAGGAAAUGGAUCAAGUGACGACUACUAUUCGGGAGGCUAUAGCAGAGAUAGCCGACGAGACUACUCCGGCACUGCUUAUGAAAACUAUUAUGGUUCAGGCUCCAGUGGUUCGCGAAACCAGGGCAGCAACAACUACUAUGGGUCCAGCUCCCGUGACCAAGGGCAUAGCGGCGGUUCUUCUGGCGAUUGCCGUCUCCGGCAGGCGGCUGCCCGUAAUGCCUACUACGAUCCAUAUCGUGGAUACUAUGACGGCAGGGCCUCUAACAACUACACGGGCGGUCUUCCUGGAUCUGGACGGCAUUCUGGGGCUUGCGACGAGCGUCAAAGAAUGUUAACCACGACUACCAGGACAUGUACAACAGGUCUUACCUUUACCCGAACGCACGGCAGCGCGGAUCUGGUCUUUUCGCGAGCGGUAUGUCACAGCGUGAUCUUCAAAUCCAGCGUGAAGCUCGUCAGCGGCAAGCGGACCGGCAGGCCGCUUAUGAUAGACCUCCUCCUGGCAUUUCUUGGGACAAUUGGUACGGAUCACGAGGCAACUAUCGGAAUCACACUCAACGAGAUGCAACUUUUCGUCGUGUGGAGCGUUAAUGAUCACCGCAGACUUGGGGACACUUUUGCACCUGCGUUCUUCACUAUGCAGCAAUUCGUCCUUACGCUCCUAGCCUCCGCGCUGGCUGCGCCAACUUCCCUCGCAGCCGUUACGAACUGGGACCAGGCAUAUACGCAAGCCAAAACCGAUCUCGAGAAGCUCAGUCGAUCCGAAAAAGUUGGAAUCGUAACCGGUGUGACCUGGGAAGGUGGUCCCUGUGUCGGCAACACCUACGCCCCCAAUUCAAUCGACUACCCCUCGCUCUGUCUCCAAGAUGGACCUCUGGGUAUUCGGUUCGCGAACCCGGUGACCGCUUUCCCCGCGGGCAUCAAUGCAGGAGCGACGUGGGAUCGCAGCCUGAUGCACGCCCGUGGGGCGGCGAUGGGUGCGGAGGCCAAGGGCUUGGGGGUUCACGUGCAGCUGGGCCCGGCGACGGGUCCGCUUGGGAAGAACCCCGACGGAGGAAGAAACUGGGAGGGGUUCUCGGUCGACCCUUACCUCACCGGUGUGGGGAUGGAAGAAACGAUUCUCGGCAUGCAGGAAUCGGGGGUCCAGGCCUGUGCCAAGCAUUGGCUUGGUAAUGAGCAGGAACAUAAUCGUGAGACAAUUAGCUCCAAUAUGCCUGACCGUGCCACGCAUGAGCUCUAUGCUUGGCCGUUCAUGGAUGCCAUCAAAGCCAAUGUUGCCUCCGUGAUGUGCUCCUACAACAAGGUGAAUGGAAGCUGGGCUUGUGAGAGCGACGCGAUUUUGAAUAAACUGUUAAAGGAAGAGUUGGGCUUCCCCGGGCAUGUGCUGUCUGAUUGGAAUGCGCAACAUACUACCAUCAACAGCGCCGUUUCUGGGCUCGACAUGACCAUGCCGGGAAGUGACUUCAACUCUCCGCGGGGCAACAUUUUCUGGGGUAAGAAUCUUGAGGCUGCAGUUGCCAACGGUAGUGUGGCCGAGUCGCGUCUCAAUGAUAUGGUCACUCGUAUUCUGGCUGGAUGGUAUCUUGUCGGCCAGGAUCAGGGUUACCCGGAGGUCGCAUUCAGCUCGUGGAACGGCGGCAAGGCGAGCGUUGACGUGACGAAGGACCAUGGCUCGAUCGCACGCGCUGUCGCUCGUGAUUCGAUUGUUUUGCUUAAGAAUGACGAUGAGGUGCUCCCCUUGAAAGCGCCCGGCAGCUUGGCUAUCAUCGGUCAAGAUGCGAUUGUAAACCCUGACGGAGCCAAUGCCUGCAGCGACCGUGGCUGCAACAAGGGCACAUUGGCUAUGGGCUGGGGAAGUGGAACUUCGGAGUUUCCCUAUCUCAUCGCCCCUCUGGACGCGAUUAAGGAGCAAGCCGCGCAAGAUGGCACCACGAUCAUUCCUAGUACUACUGACGACACCGCCGCUGCUGCUUCUGCUGCUGCUAAAGCUGACACGGCAAUUGUGUUCAUAACCUCCGAUGCAGGUGAGGGAUACAUCACCGUGGAGGGCAACGCCGGAGACCGUAAUCACCUCAACCCAUGGCACAACGGCAACGAGCUCGUCAAGGCGGCAGCCGAUGCCAGUGACAACGUGAUAGUUGUCGCCCACAGCGUUGGACCAAUCCUCUUGGAGACUAUCCUGGAGCAACCUUCGGUCAAGGCCAUUGUCUGGGCCGGUCUACCUGGUCAAGAGAGUGGAAAUGCCUUGGUCGACGUCCUGUAUGGUGACACUUCCCCAAGCGGCAAGCUGCCCUACACCAUUGCCAAGGAAUUUGCCGACUACGGCGCUCGCUGGACCGAUAGCCUGAAUGACGAUUUCACCGAGGACAUAUUUGUUGACUACCGCCAUUUCGAUCAGAACGAUAUCGAGCCACGCUAUGAAUUCGGCUUCGGUCUAUCCUACACAACAUUCGAAUAUGACAACUUGGCCGUGAGCGUCUUCACCACGUCAGGUCCCGCCACAGGGGAGAUCGUUCCCGGGGGUCCAGUUGACCUGUUUGAGUCCGUUGGCACAGUCUCCGUUAUUGUGACCAAUGACGGGGAAACUGACGGAGCGGAGGUGGCUCAGUUAUACCUGGGUCUGCCAGACUCGGCACCCACCACUCCCCCGAAGCAACUCAGAGGGUUCGACAAGCUUGAUCUCAGCCCGGGGCAAUCAGCUCAAGCUAGCUUUGAGCUAACUAGACGUGACUUGAGCUACUGGAAUGUGGCUCUGCAAAAGUGGGUGGUUCCCAGUGGAGAGUUCACGGUGUACGUGGGCAGCUCGAGUCGGGAUAUUCGUGAGGAGGAUACCUUUACUAUCGAGUAG